AGUAUAGUGUAUGUAUGCACCCUUCAUCAACCAUACUCACUUUCUUCUAGUAACUAACUGAAUGGGCUAAUCUUGGGCAGAUGCUCGUAUGGGCUAAUCUCGUAGAGCGUGCAAAAUGUAUCCUUAUCUGGAAAAUGUGGAGUGUCUUGUGUACGUUGGAAGCCUCCUCAGGGGCUGUGUACGUGGACAUAUGUCUCUCAAAUCGUGAUGCUCCCUAGUUAGUACUCUUCUUAAGAGACGUGAGACGUGGAUGGAGAGAGGGUGCUCAGGUGAUGGAGACUACCCCACUGGUGGGAUGGAGAGCUCCAUAUCGUCAUCCUUUGUAUCAGCAUCUUCUAAGCUUCAGUAGUCAUCGGGUAGGAGCCAUUCUCCAUCGACAUACUCACUGUCAACUGUCAGAAACAUGAAUAACGAAUUGUACGUGAAGGUGCACCAAGAGAUCUCGCCACCGCUUUUCUUGGCCUUUUUCACCCUUAUAACCCAAGUGUUGGUGGUGCUUGGGAAUCCAGAGGCUGAAUGGAGUAUCUUGGGCUCUGUGUUUGCCUGGAAAGUGGUCCUCUUCUUCUAUUUUUGGGGAUUUUUAUCGCUGAAGGUGCCGGGUCCCAAAUUCUACGGACCGGUGUCACCUGAUGGAGAUGUCCCCGAAUACGCAACACGUGGUACCCAAUAUUUUUUGGUGUCCAAUCUCCUCUACUUGAGUGUAUGCUUCUUCAAACCUGACUUGUGCCUUUGGAUAUAUGAGGAUUUCAGUUCAAUAAUUGCUGUACUAAAUCUCACAGCCUUGGCCUUGUGCGCUGUGCUCUUUGUCCAAGCCAAACCUCGACCAGGAGAUGUAGGCCUACCCAAGAUGUUCUUGUAUUAUCGAGGCGUUGAAUUGCAUCCCCGAAUUUUGGACGUGGAUGUGAAGCAAUGGACCAAUUGUCGAGUGGGCAUGCUAGGGUGGUCAAUCCUGGUGACCACCUUCUGUAUUGCCUCUAAUUUGCGUAAUGGCUUCGCUCCCGGCCCGAUUGCCCAUGCCAUCUUGCUCAACUUGUACUUACUCAAAUUCUUCUACUGGGAAACGGGAUAUUUUAACACCUUGGACAUCACUUUGGAUCGGGCUGGAUAUUAUCUUUGUUGGGGAUGUUUAUGCUGGGUGCAGGUGUUUUACACGUUUUGUGCCUACUACUUGGUCUACUACCCGAGUCAAAGCACCUUGCUCGGAUCCCUGUCCAUUGUUGUUUUUGGUCUUUUGAGUUUGACUCUCAACUACAUGGCCGACUACCAAAAGGAAAAGUUUAAAGCCAACAAAGGGAGAUGUUUUAUUUGGGGAAAGCCGGCCAAGUACUUGGAAGUUGAAACCGUUGGAUCCGAUGGACGAAAGAAGAAAAGCACAUUGCUCCUGAGCGGUUUUUGGGGCAUGUCCAGACAUAUGAAUUACGUAUUCGAGUUGAUGUUGGCCUUUACUUGGAGCCUACCCGGCUUUCAGUUGGGUAUUUGGCCUUUCUUGUACUUCAUAUUCCUGUUGAUCUUGCUCGUGCAUCGUACAUUUCGGGAUGACAAGAAGUGCCAGCAGAAGUAUGGAGCUGGAUGGAACAAAUAUUGCCUCAUGGUUCCCUACAAAAUGAUUCCUUAUGUAUUUUAGCUCCUAACGUCUAAUUAUUGUUAACACGAGCUAUGGGUGGAUUUCAAUCAGAUUUCCAAUCAUACCAAUAAAAAUGAGAAUUUGGUACUUCCUUUGAAAGGACCGUGACUGAAUCUUGA